ACAUAAAGGCAAUCAUCAUUACUCUCUUUGAUCACUAUAAAUACAAAUACACAAACUCUCUCCAUUAACUGUGUCUAUCUAUAUAUAUUCCAACUUGAAUUUCCAAGAGCACAGUGAUUGAUUUUCAGUAGCAAAAAAUAAAGAUCAAUUGAUCAAUCAGAACUCAGAAGGGCAGAUGGGCGAGGAGGCAAUUCACAUGAGGGAAGACACAACCUUUUCAUCAAACCCAAAGCCACACUUUGUACUGGUGCAUGGAGUCAGUGGAGGGGGUUGGUGCUGGUACAAAAUCCGGUGUCUCAUGGAGAACUCAGGCUAUAAAGUCUCUUGUGUUGACCUCAAAGGUGCAGGAAUCGAUCAAGCAGAUGCCAAUUCUGUCCUCUCUUUUGAUGAAUAUAAUAAGCCUCUCAUGGACUUCUUAUCUUCCUUGCCUGAUCAUGAGCAGGUGAUAUUGGUGGGGCAUAGCGCUGGGGGGCUAAGCAUAACACAGGCGACUCACAAGUUGGCAAAGAAGAUCCGUUUAGCUGUGUAUGUAGCUGCCACCAUGCUCAAGUUGGGUUUUUGGACGGAUCAAGAUAUACAAGAUGGAGUUCCUGACCUAUCCUCAUUUGGUGACGUGUAUGAGCUGGGAUUUGGAUUGGGAUGCGAUCAGCCUCCUACCAGUGCCAUCAUCAAGAAAGAAUUCCAACGCCAAAUCAUCUAUCAAAUGAGCCCACAAGAGGAUUCGACCCUAGCUUCGAUGCUUUUGAGGCCAGGACCAAUCCUAGCAUUACAAUCAGCCCAGUUCAAAGAAGAGGAUGAUAAUGGGAUAGAUAAGGUGAAGCGUGUGUACAUAAAGACAAUGCACGAUCAUGUCAUCAAACCUCAGCAACAAGAGGCAAUGAUAAACAGGUGGCCACCAUCUCAAGUUUAUGUUUUGGAUACUGAUCACAGUCCAUUUUUUUCAUCCCCAUUUGUGCUCUUUGGGUUGCUUGUAAAGGCAUCAGCUUCUGUCGGAUACGUAUAGGAUAUAACAGAACCAGAAUCCGGUUCUUCUCUUUAAUAUAAUUUAUUUGAGUUUGAAUAAAACUAUAUAUACUUCUGCCUAUGUAACAUUAUCAAAUAUUUACUCUUUCUACCAA